AUGGCAUUGUCAGAGAUCAAUUAUGAGGGAAGAAUCCCUGUAGAGAGGCUUGGCAACCUAAUCCAUGGCUGGGGACAGAUCUUAAGUUUGGGCAUGGGAGAUAACCCAUACUGCACUCCCAAGUACUACACCUGGUAUAGGUUGGAAGGAAUUAUAGCUCAACCAAGUCUUAAGUCUCUCCAAGGGCUCGCCGACAUUCAUAGAACAGACCAGAUUCGAGACCAGCUCCUUCAUCUCAGUCCUGUAACCACAUCCAUGUACGAGCAGGUGAUUCCUGGUUCGAUGGAUAACCUCAUCCCCGCUGUUGAUGAUAAACUCGAGGAAGAGCUGGAAGAAGAUCCUGAGGAAGAUCCCAAGGAGAUAGAGGAAGAUCCUGAAAAGAACCCAGAGGAGGAUCCCGAGGAGGACCUGGAGGAGGAACCAAUGGAAGAGCAGGAUGGGGAGCUGACAGAGAAGAUGGAGGAAGAUCCGGAGGAAGAAGAGUAUGGACCUAUAUACUUCGGCGGAGCAGAUGAAGACUUCUAA